AUGGUAUUGUGCAAGCGAAGAGGAUGCGGUACAGAGUUCGACGCCACAGGCGUCUCCCAAGGGCCCUGCACGUACCACCCAGGUGCGCCUGUCUUCCAUGAGGGUCUCAAGUCGUGGUCCUGCUGCAAAGAGACCAACAAACCCGUGCUGGAAUUUGAGCAGUUCAUGAAGCUGCCUGGCUGUGCUAUGGCCGAGGCACAUACAGACGAGGCACAGCCAUUACCGACCCCGCAGAAACCAGCUGUGAGUAACGAGGAAGAGCGUCUCAGCACCACGUUGAAUGCGGUUCAAUUGAACAAGCCGGCGCCUAUUCCGCCACCCACUCAAGGUCCCCCGCCACCCGCACCUGAGCCGCGCGAUCCCGACUCGCUCGUUCAUGUGCCAGCAGGAACAGCAUGCCGCCGCAGUGGCUGUAACUACGUGCAAAAAGAGGCCCUCGAUACCCGAGACAAGACGCAAGAGACGUGUCGGUAUCACAAAGGUGUGCCCAUUUUUCACGAGGGGUCCAAGGGCUACACAUGCUGCAAGCGGCGUGUCUUGCACUUUGAUGAUUUCCUGCAGAUCGAGCCGUGCACGAAAGCGGAACAUGGCCACCUCUUCGAGGCGCCCAAGCCAGCUGACAACGGCCGAGUCGAAUGCCGCAUGGACCACUAUGAAACACCGGGCGAUGUGCGCGUCACUGUAUACGCCAAAGGCGUCGAGCAAAGUAACAGCGUGAUUGAGAUUCGCGAGAACGAGGUCGUGCUUUCGCUGGCCCUGGGCGCAACACCAUCCAUUCCGCACACGCGCCGCUUUGAGCGCACGCUUCAGUUAUACGCGCCUGUGAACCCUAGCGCGUCAACUUGUACGCUAGGCAAGAUGAAACUCGAUCUUGUUCUGGCAAAGCAGACCGAGGGAGAGAGCUGGCCUACCCUCGAGCGUGGCGAGCGUGUGUUCGGCUAUGGCCUCACGUUCGGGCGCCGUACAGCAUGA